AUCUGCAUUUACUCAAAAUGAGUUAAUUUUACAAGAAACGGUGAAAGACACCCCCUUGUGUUGGUGAAAAUGAUCAGAGUUGUAUUCUACGUCGUUAACUUUGCUCUGUUAAGCUCCGCCCCUCAAUCUACCCCCUGCAGAGAACGUGUUGGAGUUUUGUCGGCGCCAUUUUCUGCUCCCUCGUGCGUAUAGGUAAGCUCUCUUGUUUAACGUCUUAAAACAUCAUUUUAUCGAUUUAUAUGAGUAAAUGUGCUAACACAACGGUAUAUGUUGUACUUUGAUGCGUUUUGUUUGUUAAAACAUUGAUUAUGAGUCACUUUGUGACCGUGUCAUUCCAUCGAUUUUAUCACAGUGUGGUCACCUUAACGUUAAAGAUAAAGCUUAAACGAUGCCAAUGAUCUUACUUAAAUUGUUUUUGCGAUUUCUAAUCUUACUUUUAUAUCCAUUUAGUUUUGUACUGUGAACUCUCUGAAGAAGACGGUAACGUUAGGCUACAUUUAGCCUCGAAGUUUUGCUUUCAAGAGCAACUCUGCAAUGCUCCAGGUAACUGUUAGUUUCUGUGCAUAUAAGGCUCUACAGAUCACAUCAGCAUGCUGGUAAAGGUGAAAUUUGGGGAUGCACAAAAGUUUGUUAAAAUAGCCAAUCUGAACCUGGAGGACUUUUUGUCUGCAGCCUUUUUGAAGUUUGGGGUUCCAAAUGUACCUGAGAACGUGAAGGUUGUGGAUGAAUCUGGGACUGAGGUGGAUGGUGAUGUUUUUGAAGAGUUAAUCAAAGAUCCCUCCGUUGGCGUUCUCACCAUAAAACAUGGUGCAGAUUUGGAACCGGCCUCUCCACAAUCAUCUUCUAUGCAUUUAGAUCAGUCUCUGUCUUCAUCCUUUGACUCCCUUGACUCUCAGGAUACAGUCAUUAUUGAAGAAGGCCCUGACAGUAAGCGAAUGAAGCUGGAUGAUGAAGCAAAAAAGCUGGUGCAAUCUGUUCUUGUCAAGAAACCUGGAGGUGAGAGUGUAAUAAAUGAGUAUAACAGAACAAAGGCUUUAAAGGAUGAAACGAGGAGAAAAAUGGUUAAUAUCCUGGCAGCUGAUAUGACCGAAAAAAAUGGAGGGUCCCCACCAAGGCUGGUCAAAGAAAAAUAUGCCAGAGGAAUCGUGGCUUUGUUUCCUUACCUCAGUGACCCCUAUUCCAAAAAUGGCUUUGAGCAUUACUAUGAUGGUGAGAGUGGCACCGGAUAUUUGGCAUGGAGAAUCAAAACUAUUCAGAGAAACCUGGCUAAAGAACGACGAGGAUCAUUUGAAGGUCAAGUGUCGUAUGCUGAGCGGGGAUCCGGUGGACCAACUGUAGCAAGGCAUUCAAAGUUUACUUCAGAGAUUGUCCUGAGUGAGGAUGAAUGCAAGGAAGCAAUUGCAUUCAUGAACCAUUCUGCUGAUGAGGAUGCCAUCAAGAAGAAAAUGAAACUGACAUUUGACUAUCGUCGUAAGAUGGUUCUUGAUCCCAUGCAGUCCAGUGAUCUAUUGACAAUUUUUCCUCGUUUCAAGGACAUUAAAGGCUUGAUUGAGCAAGACUUUGUUCUGAUGUUUGGAGAAGGAGUGUCAGGCAAGCUGCUAGAGAAGUGGACAACAGCGUUCAAGAAAAAAGUCAUUCAGCAGUGCAAAAGACUUCCUGCAACCAGCGAUUUACAGGAACUUUUGCUAGCAGCAGAAUCUCUUCGUGAUGACACUGAAAAUGAUGUUCAUAUUGUUUGGGACAGCGACCUUGCUUCAGUACUACUACUGUUGCAUCUGAUUCCACCAUCUGCUCAAGGCCGGAAGAGACCAGGGAAAGUUUCUGCUUCUCAAGCAGAAAAUCAUCUUGUUGUCUUCAAGAAGAGUGGAACAAACAUUGAGGAGCAGCUGCAAGACAUCUCUGCGAGCGCUCAGCCCUAUCUCCUGGCUGUAGGUCCUCAGAAGGAUUCAAUUCACCAGUUCUUCAUCAUCCUUGAUCAGCAUGCCAUUCCAUGCAAGUCCACCUCUUCUCUUGGUGCCUUUGAUGAACUGUUUAAGGCACAUUAUGUUUUUGGCACCUCUUACAACACCAUGCUGCACAACAUGUACACUUUCAUUCAAACCACUGUGUACAACAUAGAUGUUGGGAAAGUUAAAGAAAGUCCUCGUGUUGCUGAGGUUAGGGCAAGGCUGCUUAACUAGGUGCCUAAAGUUCCAGUGCACUCAUGAAGUGUUUGUUUGUGAGACUGAAUUAAAUGGUUCAAAAAUGCUUGUUAGGCACUUCAGAUUUGUUCAUGGUUUGGUUCCUGGAAAGAGCCUUCGACUUAAAUGUGUAGAGGCAGGAUGCGGUUCUGAGUUUUGUACCUUCUCAGGUUUUAGAAAACAUUUGAAUAUAAAACAUCCUGAACAAUGUGAACAGAGUUGUGACCCUAGUGGCAUCUGUGAGACAGAGGAAGAAAAUAGUGCUGCAAUGUUUCACCAGAGUGACAGUGCUGAAGAUGUGGCCACAACAUCUGUAAUGCUAAAGUCUAAUAAGAACACUUUAGAUAUGUGUGCGUCUGCUGUUGCACAACUGAAAGUUGCUGGUUUAAGUCAGUCUGCAAUAAAUGGUUUUGUUUCAUCUA